UCGUAUCUUGGCAGCGACUGAGCGUUUGCAGCUGUGGGCUCCUCCGAUCAGUGACACGCUGAUAGAGGAAGAGGACAGUCAGCUGAAUGAUGACAGAGCUCAUGAGCUCAUACUCAACGACUGGAAAUGUGUCUGGCAGUGCAAAACUGCUGCUGCUGUUCACAUCACUCAGUGGUCUCCAGAUGGAGAAUACUUCGCCACUGCUGGAAAGGAUGACUGCCUGCUGAAGGUGUGGUAUCCCUCCACAGGAUGGAAGUCUGCAGUGGUGAUGCCAGACGUGACUGAUAAAAAGAUCUCAGCGGUUCAUUUCUCAUUUGUGUAUCUGGCACAUCCGCGUAUGGUGACAGGCUUCUCCUGGAGGAAGACCAGUAAAUAUAUGCCCAAGGGCUCUGUGUGUAACGUGUUGCUGACGUCCUGCGCGGAUGGCAUCUGUCGUCUGUGGAGUGAGACCGUCUUGCCUGAGGACAGUCUGUUGGGAGGGCAGAUCUCAGAGAACAGCACCAGCUUCAGCUCCUCUCUGCCAAACAUCGCUCAGAAAGACAAGAUACAACACGCUGUGGAGUCUAUCCACCACCUCAAGCACCUGCACAGGGGCCGCAGAAGAUCGUCUGCCCUGGUAGCCCACACCGAGUUGCUGCCCAGCCAGCUGGGGUCCCACGAAACUCACCGCCACAUUUCAUACCACGCCAACGCCCUCUGCCAUUUCCACAUCUCUGCCAGCAUCAAUCCCAACACAGAUAUCCCCGCAGCACUGGCUGGAUCGGGCCUGUUCUCUGAGGACGUCAGUGGAGGGUUUGUGGUUCACUGGCUGAAUAAUAAAGAUCUGAGCUUUACCACCUCCAUGGACCUGUUCAUGCAGAAGCUGCACAAACUUUCUGAGCAACAUCUGGAACAAGCCACUGAAGACUUUGAGCAGGAGGUGGCAGCCAAGUUUGACUUCGAUCUGGAUGAGAUGUCUGAUAAGGGCUCUUCAGAGCAUGAGGAGGGAGAUCAGGAGGGCAGCACCAAGGCCUCUUCUCCAGGUUCGAGCAGCAGUGUUCCUCUGCCCUCUGUUUUGCUGGAUCGGAAGCUGGAUGCUCUCAUCCUGGAGUGGAACAAGAGUCCAGACAUGCUUUUCACUAUUCACCCACACGAUGGAUCUUUCCUUGUCUGGCAUGUCAAGUACCUGGAUGAGUUCAUGCCUGGCAUCUUCAGACAGGUUCAGGUGUCGUUCUCCUCUCGUAUCCCAGUGGCGUUCCCCACAGGUGAUGCUAACUCCCUCAGUAAGAACAUCAUGAUGUACGCCUGUACGUUUAUGGACCAAGAGAAUUGCAACGCUCUAGAGGAUACAAGAAGUGAGCGGCGGGUUCCUCAGAGUGCAUCUGCGUCUGCGGGGCUCAGUGCUUUUGGACACUCUCUCGCUGCUGUCAUCGGCCCUGCCGUCAUGAUGGUGUCCAAACAUGUUGACGGCUCGCUCAACCAAUGGGCUGUGACCUUUGCUGAGAAGUCCGCCUUUUCAAAUGUCCUCACAGUUUCGCACAAGUUCCGUUACUGCGGACACCGUUUCCAUCUCAAUGAUUUGGCUUGUCACACGGUCCUUCCCUUGCUGCUGACAUCAUCUCAUCACAAUGCAUUGUUGACUCCACUCUCUGGAUCUGGAAGCAUUGAUGGAGAUCAGAUUGGGGGCGUGGCUCUACAACUCUCCAGGCCGAUGAGAGGUGUUCCUCGUAAACAGCUGCGAAAUGCAGCCACACGUACGUUCCAUGACCCGAACGCGAUCUACAGUGAGCUGAUCCUCUGGAGAGUCGAUCAUAUUGGCCCACUCUCCUGCACAGGGGGCGUGUCAGAGCUAGCACGAAUCAACUCGCUCCACACAUCUGCGUUCUCCAACGUGGCCUGGCUGCCGACACUCAUCCCUAGCUCAGUGCUCGGAACAUACUGUAACUCAGCAAGUGCGUGCUUUGUGGCGUCUGAUGGUAAAAACCUGCGUCUGUAUCAGGCUGUGGUGGAUGCCCGCAAACUACUGGAUGAACUCUCAGACCCAGAGACCUCUAAACUGGUGGGUGAAGUAUUCAACAUUGUGAGUCAGCAGUCCACUGCCCGACCCGGCUGCAUCAUAGAGCUGGAUGUCAUUACUAACCAGUGUGGCUCGAACACACAGCUGCUCCACGUAUUUCAGGAGGAUUUUAUUUUAGGCUACAAACCACAUGAAGACAUACUAGAGUUCAACAGUACUAGUGUUCCCUCUGCAGAAGAGUACCAGCCCCCUCCUUUCUCAGAAAAGUUCUACCUGGUGGUGAUCGAGAAGGAUACAAAUCGGAACUCAGUAUUACAGAUGUGGCAUCUUCAUCUGCGCUCGGUGCAGGCGUGUGUGGAAGAACCAGUAAAUGACCACGUGUUCCAGAACCAGCUGACGGUUCCUUUGAGUCAGAACUAUGGUGACUCAUCUCCUGACACCACUCCAGGUCAUAGUCCGCUGCCUCGCUCCUCCUCUUCCGCCAACCUGCAGUCAGCCAGCAAACUCAUCCUGAGCUCUAAACUGGUCUACAGUCAGCAGCUAGACCUUCCACCAGGGGUGGAGCUAAUCAGAGCUACGCCCUCUGCCGGUCACUUGAGCUCCUCAUCUAUCUACCCUGUGUGUUUGGCUCCAUACCUGAUUGUGACCACCUGUUCUGAUGGACGUGUCAGGUUCUGGCACUGUAGGGUGGACAUGGAUUUAUCAGCACCACACCCCGAAGAGACACGUUCAUAUCGGUGGGAGCAAUGGAGCCUCUUGAAAGAAGAAGACGACAUCGACAGCUCUGUGUGUGUUUCGGGCCGACCCGUUGCGGUCAGCUGCUCCUACACGGGAAGACUUGCUGUGUCAUUCAAACAGAUGUCGCUUGAGAACGAGGGUGGCAUGCCUCAGGACUUCUCCAUGCUUGUAUCAAUCUACGAGUGUGAGUCGACGGGUGGCUUGGAGUGGGUCCUGGAACAGACGAUUCACCUUGAUGAUUUUAGCAAACCUGUGAAAACCCUAGAUCCACGUGUUAGUGUUGAUAGCAAUUUGGUUGUCUAUAGCAAGUCAGAUCUGUUUGUAACCAAAGACAGCCCUAAUAUCAAACACUUUGUGCACCUGGACUGGCUGUCAAAAGAAGAUGGGUCGCACAUCCUGACGGUCGGGGUUGGAUCCAACAUCCUUAUGUAUGGACGCAUCUCAGGGGUUGUCACAGAGCAGACAGGAGUGAAGGAUGGAAUGGCAGUCACCCUGCCUUUAGGGGGCAGUAUAAAGCAGGGAAUUCGCUCUCGUUGGGUGCUUCUGAGGUCUGUAAACCUCGUCUCUUCUGUGGAUGGUACCCCAUCCCUGCCGGUGUCCCUAUCCUGGGUGCGUGAUGGCAUCCUGGUGGUGGGCAUGGAUUGUGAGAUGCAGGUUUAUGCGCAGUGGAGGCAGGACGAAAAACCAGGCGACUCAGACAACAACAGCAUCUCAUCCCCAGAGGGCGUUGGAGGUCGCACUAUGUCUGUUUCAAAUGAGGGCAGAGCGCGAUCUAAGAGUGUCUUCGAGGGUAGUGCAGGAAUUGAUGAUGUGUUCCGCCCCCCAGCAGUGAUUCAAGAUGGCGGCUUGUUUGAGGCUGCCCAUUCAUUGUCACCCACUCUUCCGCAAUACCAUCCAACCCAAUUGCUAGAGCUUAUGGACCUCGGAAGGGUACGUCGUGCUAAGGCCAUUUUGGCACACCUGGUCAAGUGCAUUGCUGGAGAAGUUGCAGUGGUGAGGGAUGUGGAAGCAGGUGAGGGUGGUGCCAGGAGGCAUCUAUCCCGAACCAUCAGCGUGACGGGUAGCACAGCAAAAGACAUUAUCGUUGCUGGCCGAGAUGUUGGGCGAGAUUACACUGAAAUCAACUCCAUUCCCCCGCUUCCACUAUACGCCCUGCUGUCUGCAGACCAGGACACCUCUUACAAGAUGGGAGAGGAAGCGGGAAAAGGGGCAGAUCGUGAUACACAGAAACAACCAGAGGAUCAAUACUCUGAUUUGUUUCAGGUGCAGACUGUCACCACUGACGAUUUUGUGAGCUUUGCUGCAGAGAAACCAGAGAAGAAGUCUCGUGUGAUUAACCUAUCACAAUACGGCCCCACAUACUUUGGCCCUGAACAUGCACAAGUGCUGUCUUCACAUCUUAUGCACUCCAGCCUGCCAGGUCUCACACGACUCGAGCAGAUGUUCCUUGUGGCUCUUGCCGAUACUGUGGCGACCACUAGUGCAGAAGUAGCAGGACCCACAGAUAAACAGUACACUGGUGGAGAGACUCUAGAUGAGUGUGGUCUACGUUACCUGCUGGCCAUGAGGUUACAUACCUGUCUGCUGACAUCCCUGCCCCCACUCUACAGGAUGCAGCUACUGCAUCAGGGUGUGUCCACAUGUCACUUUGCGUGGGCGUUCCACUCAGAAGCUGAGGAGGAGAUGCUGAACAUGAUUCCUGCCAUGCAGCGAGGAGAUCCGCAGUGGUCUGAGCUCAGGGCGGUGGGCGCCGGUUGGUGGGUCAGAAACAUUAACACACUGAGGCGGAUUGUGGAGAAGGUAGCCAAAGCAGCAUUUCAGAGGCAUAAUGAUCCGCUGGAUGCAGCUCUCUUCUAUCUGGCCAUGAAGAAGAAGGCUGUUCUCUGGGGUCUCUUUAGGUCUCAACAUGAUGAGAAGAUGACCCAGUUUUUCAGCCAUAACUUCACUGAGGACCGCUGGAGGAAGGCGGCUUUAAAGAACGCCUUCUCUCUCCUGGGCAAACAGCGCUUUGAGCAGUCAGCUGCAUUUUUCCUGCUCGCUGGCUCCCUGAAAGACGCAAUUGAGGUUUGUCUGGAGAAAAUGGAGGACAUCCAGCUUGCGAUGAUUGUUGCUCGUCUUUACGAGGCUGAUUAUGAGAGUUCCUCCACCUGCCAGGGUAUCCUGUACGAGAAGGUUCUCGGCUGCAACAGAGAUGGAAGUGGCUUCUCCUGUACCAAACUGCACCCUGACCCAUUCCUGAGGAGCAUUGCGUACUGGAUCAUGAAGGACUACACCAGAGCCCUGGACACACUGCUGGAGCAGAUUUACAAAGAGGAUGAUAAGAACCCUGAUGUUCUGGUGAAAUCUUGCAAUCCUGUCGUCUUUAGUUUCUAUAACUACUUGCGCGCACACCCUCUGAUUAUUAGACGACAUUUUGCCAAGCCUGAAGCAUCUAGGGUUGCAGUUGGUAUAACAUCAGAACGCAACUGCGCAGACGAAAUAAACCUGAUAGAGCGGAAACUCUUCUUCACCACCGCUAACGCUCACUUUAAGGUGGGCUGCCCACUCCUGGCCCUUGAGGUCUUAUCCAAAAUCCCUAAAGUCACUAAGAAAGCAUCUUCUCUGAGUAAGGGCUCAUCUGUGGCCAACGUCAGUGCCCCCCAGCCACAGGAGAACGGAGGAAAGGCUUCAGAUCUCGACUGGGGAGCUCCUGGCGUCCCCAGUCAGGCCUGGGGAGCAGAGUCCUCCACCGGGCUGGACUGGAGUCAACCGAUGGUUAAAAUGGAGGAUGAAGGUCUACAGUUGGAUUGGGGUUUUGAUAAGGAAGAAGAUGAGGAUGAAGAGGGUGGGCUGACCAUGAAGAAACCAGAGGUGGAGGAUGAGGAGGCCAAAAAGCCAUCCAAAUCAGCAGCCCUGCAGCGUGAAGACUCAACGGGUGAGUCAGAGGUGGACGUGAUCGCCGAACAGUUGAAGUUCCGAGCCUGUUUGAAGAUCCUCAUGACGGAGCUGCGGACGCUGGCAACAGGAUAUGAGGUAGAUGGUGGCAAACUGCGAUUUCAGCUCUACAACUGGCUGGAGAAGGAAAUCGAGGCCAUGCACCACAUCUGCAACUAUAAGUUUGAGGGGAAAGCUGCUGCAGGUCAGCUGGAGAAAUGGGGAGAUGAUGGAUCUCUGGACCUGGAAGACUCACGGAUUCGUGGUGAAGCAGGUGCAUACGAACGUCAUCAGAUGGAGCGACGGCGUCUGCAGGCCAAGCAGCUACAUGCAGAGCGGAGGAAAGCCUGGCUGAGAGAGAAUCAGGCUCUGCUCAGAGUCUUCCUCAGUUACUGCAGUCUACACGGAGCCAAGGGUGGAGGAGUGACUUCUGUCAGGAUGGAGCUACUCUUUCUGCUGCAGGAAUCACAGCAAGAAAUGACAGUGAAGCAGCUUCAAUCGCCACUCCCCCUCCCCACCACUCUGCCCCUGCUGUCGGCCAGCAUCGCCCCCACCAAGACUGUCAUCGCCAACCCUGUCCUGCAUCUCAGAAACCACAUACAUGAUGUCCUCUACACCAUUGUCCAGAUGGAGGCUCCACCACACCCAAACAUACUGGACGACCGGGUGAAUGCUUUACACACACUCGCUGCUUCUCUAUCAGCUUGUAUCUACCAAUCGCUGUGUGACAGCCACAGCUACAGCAGUCCGUCGGAGACCAAUCAGUUCACAGGGAUGGUCUAUCAGGGGCUGUUACUGAGCGACAGGCGUAGACUUCGCACCGAGAGCAUCGAGGAACAUGCAACGCCCACCUCUGCCCCUGCACAGUGGCCAGGUGUGUCGUCUCUGAUCAGUCUGCUGGCGUGUGCUCAGGGUGAUGAUCAAAUUCAUCUGAACGUCAUGUUGUGUGAGGCAGUGGUGGCUGUGUAUCUCAGUCUGCUGAUUCACGGUCUUGGCACACAUUCUGGAAACGAGCUCUUCCGGCUGGCUGCUCAUCCCCUCAACAACCGCAUGUGGGCAGCCGUGUUUGGGGGUGGAGCCAAACUUAUUGUCAAACCCAAGCGGCCACCUGAAAUCACUCCAGCCAAUGUGGAGUCAAACAGGCAGACAGAGCUCCAGUCUGAGAACACACCAGCAGUACCUCCUCCAACCCCUCCUGCUGAGGACGUGGACCGACAGCGACGCAGGUUUAACAUGCGCAUGCUUGUUCCUGGACGUCCCGUUAAAGAGACUCCAGCCACACCUCCGCCCAUCCCUGUAGAGCGGCCCACCUAUAAGGAGAAAUUCAUUCCACCUGAGCUCAGCAUGUGGGAUUACUUUGUGGCCAAACCUUUCCUUCCUCUCUCUGACAGCGGGGCACUGUAUGAUUCAGAUGAGAGCGGUGGUAGUGACAAUGAGGAUGAUGAUGAUGAUGAUGCCUUCCUCUCAGACACACAGAUGACAGAACACUCCAAUCCAAACUCCUACAGUUGGUCUCUGAUCCGCCUUGUGAUGGUCAAACUUUCCCUGCACAAUGUUAAGACGUUCCUGCCCCUGACAGGACUGGACUUCACAGAGUUGCCAGUGACGACUCCCCUGACCAAUGCUGCGCUGAAGACACUGGAAAACUGGGAACAGAUUCUCCUGGAAAAAAUGAACAAAUUUGACAGCCCUCCACCAAACUACAUCAACACCUACCCCACGGACCUGAGUGCUGGCGGGGGACCGGCUAUACUCAGACACAAAGCCAUGCUAGAACCAGAUAACACACCGUUCAAGUCAAAGCACCACCUCUCCUUCCCUGCUCGCCGUCUGUGGCAUUUUCUAGUCAAGCAGGAGGUUCUCCAAGAGACUUUGAUUCGAUACAUCUUCACAAAGAAAAGGAAGCAGAGUGAGUCUUUAGAUGAUCAUGUGGACCACUUCAUACAAAACUACGUUACUGGAGCUCGAAAAACCAACAAGGUGGAGGCUGAUAUGGGUUACCCGGGAGGCAAAGCCAAAAUCAUCCAUAAAGAAUCUGACAUCAUCAUGGCGUUUGCCAUUAACAAGGCUAACACUAAUGAAAUAGUGCUGGCGUCUACUCAUGAUGUCCAGGAAGUGGACGUGUCCUCACUGCUCGCAGCUCAGCCUUACACCUGGAUCGGAGAGGAAUUUGACAAGGAGUCUCGCAGCUCUGAUGAUGUGGAUUACCGCUCGUCUCACACCAACAUCGCCCAGGCUAGUGCCGGUCCCUUUGCCCCCCAACAAAUGGCAGCAUCAUCCUCCAUGCCAUGGCUGGGCAGCGGACAGACCAGCAUGGGUGCCAGUGUGAUCAUGAAGAGGAACCUGAAUAAUGUGAAGAGAAUGACAUCUCAUCCCAUCUAUCAGUACUAUAUGACGGGUGCUCAGGACGGCAGUGUGAGGAUGUUUGAGUGGAAUCGUCCACAGCAGCUCAUCUGUUUCAGACAGGCCGGAAACGCUCGAGUCACACGCCUCUAUUUCAACUCACAGGGCAACAAGUGUGGUGUUGCAGAUGGCGAAGGCUUUUUGAGCCUCUGGCAAGUCAAUCAGACCUCCUCAAACCCCAAACCUUAUUUGAGCUGGCAGUGUCACAGUAAAAGCUGCGGUGAUUUCGCCUUCAUUACGUCCUCCAGUCUGAUUGCCACAGCAGGACAGUCUAACGAUGGCAGGAAUGUUUGUUUAUGGGACACUCUUAUCUCUCCAAGUAACUCUAUGAUACACGCGUUCCAGUGCCAUGAGAAUGGCGCAACGGUUCUUCAAUAUGCUCCUAAACAGCAGCUAAUCAUCGCAGGCGGCCGGAAGGGAUUCGUCUGUAUUUUUGACAUCCGUCAGAGACAGCUGCUCCACACAUUCCAGGCACAUGAUUCAGCCAUCAAAGCGUUGGCCAUGGACUCCACUGAAGACUUCUUCGUCACCGGCUCAGCCGAAGGGAACAUGAAGGUCUGGAAGUUGGCGGGUCACGGUCUCAUGCACUCCUUUAGCAGCGAGCACGCUAAACAGUAUAUUUGGUUUGAUGGUUUUUGA